AUGUCGAAGGCAGCCGCAGCAGCCGUCGAAUGGACGCGAGUAUACAGCAAGCUUGGCUUAUCCAAAGAGACCGUCUCGACUCUGCAAGCCUUCCGAAAGCGUCACGAUGAUGCCAGGAUCGCGAACAAUGGCCUGAAGGAGCAAAAGGCGGACAUCGACUUUGCUCACUACCGUGAGGUACUGAAGAACAAGGAUGUCAUCAGCCAGGCAGAGAAGCUGUACAACGACUUUAAGCCUGUCGACUACGAUCUCGGAGCGCAACUCAAGGCUAUCGAUGCCUUCGAGGCCAAAGCAGUCGAGGCAGCCACUCAGGCAGAGUCAAAGAUCGAUACCGAGCUUCAGCAGCUCAACGGCACCCUCAAGGACAUUGAGGACGCUCGUCCGUUUGAGGAUCUCACCCUGCACGACCUCAACAAGGCUCGACCAGAAAUUGCCCAGGUCGUAGAAUCGAUGAUGAAACGUGGUAAAUUCACCGUCGAUGGAUAUCAAGAGAAGUUUGGCAACCUCAGUGCCAUCUAG